AUGUCUUCAGGACGAAAGAUCAAGCUAAACAGCGGCCAUGAAAUCCCCGUCAUAGGACUGGGCACCUGGCAAUCCAAUCCCAACGAGGUUGCCAAGGCCGUCGAGCACGCCCUCCGCAACGGCUACCGCCACAUCGACGGCGCCCUGGUCUACGGCAACGAGCACGAGGUCGGCGAGGGAAUCCGGGCGUCGGGCGUGCCCCGCUCCGACAUCUUCCUGACCUCCAAGCUCUGGAACACCUUCCACCACCCCGACGACGUCGAGGCCGGCAUCGACCUCACCCUCAGGGACCUCGGCACCCACUACGUCGACCUGUACCUGAUCCACUGGCCCGUGUCUUUUGCCCCGCGCGAGAACCCGCGCGAGCUCUUCCCUAUCGACCCGGCCACGGGCGCCACGCACGUCGUCGACAUCCCCGACGCCGACACCUGGCGGGCCAUGGAGCGGCUGGUGGAGAGCGGCAAGGCGCGCAGCAUCGGGGUCAGCAAUUUCACGCGCGGGCGGCUGGAGAAGCUGCUGCAGACGGCGCGCAUCAGGCCGGCGGUCAACCAGAUCGAGGCGCACCCGUACCUGCAGCAGCGGGAGCUGCUCGAGUGGCACCGGCAGCAGGGCAUCGUGGUGCAGGCGUACAGCCCGACGGGGAACAACAUCUACGGCAGGCCCAAGCCCUUGGACGACCCCGUGGUGCUGGAGGUGGCGGCCCGGGUGGGCAGGACGCCGGCGCAGGUGCUGGUGCAGUGGGCGGCGCAGAGGGGCACCGUGGUGCUGCCCAAGUCGGUGACGCCGUCGAGGAUAGAUGAGAACUUUGUCGAUUUUGAGCUGCCCGCUGAUGAGGUGGAGAAGCUAAACGCUCUGGAGAGGCAUGCCAGGUACAACUUUCCGGCAAGGUUGGGGGUGGACAUUUUUGGGGAGGCGACGGAGGAGGAGCUCAAGGCGGCCGUGCAGGCUUUUAUCGAGCAAAGGCGCCAGGCAUAG